GAUCGCACCAGUCACAGUUCUCUCUUCGUUUACUCGGUUAGUGCAGCAGUGCGCAUGUCCGCCCGUCUCACAAAUAUAAACAAGACUUAUCGCUACAUGAUCAGAAGAGCCGCUACAGAAAUAACACGGUGCAAUCAUGGGGAAGACACUGUCCCACCUGCCUAAGCCGAUGUGUCACGAUGAGUCCCACGCCAGCCUGACCUCUUCACCUGAGUAUAACGCCAUGCAGACUGAGGACAGCAAGUCUGGUGGAGACGUGUCUCAGUUUCCAUAUGUGGAGUUCACUGGUAGAGACAGCGUCACCUGCCCGACAUGCCAGGGCACUGGGCGGAUCCCACGAGGUCAAGAAAAUCAGCUGGUGGCAUUAAUUCCAUACAGUGACCAGAGGCUGAGACCAAGAAGAACAAAGCUGUAUGUGACUGCCUCAGUUGUUGUGUGCCUGCUGCUGUCUGGGCUGGCAGUGUUCUUCCUCUUUCCCCGUUCCAUUGAUGUGAACUAUGUGGGGGUGAAGUCUGUCUAUGUCACCUAUGACCAGGCCAAGCGCAUUGUGUAUCUCAACAUCACAAAUACUCUGAAUAUUACCAACAACAAUUACUAUUCGGUGGAUGUGGCCAACAUCACAGCACAGGUGCAGUUCUCAAAGACUGUGAUUGGAAAAUCUCGUGUCAGCAACAUUACUACCAUUGGUCCCCUGGAUAUGAAGCAGAUUGAUUACAUGGUGCCCACCACUAUAGCAGAUGAAAUGAGUUACAUGUAUGACUACUGUACCCUGCAGACCAUCAAAGUGCACAACAUUGUGGUGAUGAUGCAGGUAAUGGUCACCACAACGUAUUUUGGCCACGCUGAACAGGUGUCUCAGGAGAUGUACCAGUAUGUGGACUGUGGGGGCAACACCACACUGCUGCACGAGUACAACAUGAGUGCAUCACCUCGAUCAGACUAGCGCUUCAGCUUGAGGGUUCAUUGCAUCCAUUCCUUUUCUCCUUGAGUCACUGCAUCUUUGAUCUCAAGCCCUCUCUAUAUUCCGUUAAAGAACAGUCAGGGUGGUUGUUUAAAUCAUAUAUGAUGCACUUUAUUUUCAGACCUCCACACUGAUCACUACACUUCUUCUGCUUCUUAAGGCUGGUUUAUACUUCUGCGCCGAGUCAGUGCAGAGUCUAUGGCACACGCAUUAUUCUGCACUUAAACUGUAGGUGGGAAUAUGAGACUCGGCAGACCAAUCACAGCUGCUGCUCUCUGCGUUGCAUGAUGCCUAAUUACAUUUCUGAGGAGGUGUGCUUCAGGCGACACCACAGGCUACAGGGUGGAUUCACUGCAGAAGCAUAAACUGGCCUUUAGGCUAUUUUCAGGCUGCAGGAAAAUCAGGUUUAUGUCUCAAAUCAAUUGGGAUGAGCGUUAUUUUUAAGUAAUCAGAUCGAAUCAGAUUUGCAUGUCCAGAUAUCACAAAGGUAUCUGUGUGGGUAGCUGUGCUAAAGGAGAAUAGUGUAAUUAACUGACCUUUGGGUCCCCGCAAUUCUGUCACUCUGGAUUUGAUGUGAUCUUUGUUUGUGAAAAAAAUAGACACCUUGAAAUCCAAUUUGAGUGUCCAGAGCAUCCAGACUGAGAUUUAUCUCUACAAAUCCAAUUAUAAUUUCAUUUUUAAACCACCUCCAAAUGUGGUUUGGGUCCGAUUUUCAAAAACAUGAUUUCAUGUGGUUUCUGAAAGUCCAGACUAUCAAAAAUUAAUCUGGCUACAAUCUAGAUAUGGCAAAAUUCUGAUCUGUUCUGGCAGUCUGAAUAUAGCCUUAUAACGGCGCAAGUAAACCACUUCAGACUAAACCACUCACAUCUGCGUAGGAACAUUUCCUUUAAUUUUGACAAAAACACUUUAGUUGCAGAGAUCACUGAUAACACUCCUAAUGUGUCUAAUAUUUGUCUAAUAACUGAUGUUGUGUGAGUUUUACAAACCUGCACAUAAGUCACAAAGUAUUGUUACUCUCAUAUUUGUUAACAUUAGUGAAGGACCUUCACUAUAGGUCAUGCAUGGUUUGGGAUCAUUUUUAAUGUUAUUUGCAGUUUUGUGUUUAUUUAAUAGGUAUAAAUAUUUAUUAGAUUAAUAGUUUACCUCAAAGGAGUACUAGUCUCUUACCCCAUAGAGUUGGUGCGUUUUUCAGCUUGGAUUAGACAGUGUUGUCCUCUGGAGGGUGAGGCAGUGCACUACAGGUCAAUUUUAAAUGUUCCAACUUUUUGGUGCUCAAAUUACAUUUCUCAGUUUAUAAGCUGUGCAAUACGUGGCUAAUGCCAUGAACAAAGCACUCAUUAUAACACUGUUCAAAAAAGAAAUUCAAAUGGAAAAGAAAACAUAUUCUGGACUCGUUGCAUUUAAUAAAGGUAUUGAUUAUAUUAAGAUCUAUUUCAAAUCAAACAUUUCACACACAAAUGUAGGAAAAUAUCAUUUGUGGAUUUUGUUACAUUUUGAUAAAUAUUGUUUGCUCUCUGAGAGUCUGAUAUGUGAUGAAUUAAAUAGAAUCACACAUAGAGCUUCACUAAUAGCAAUACAUUUUAACAUUAUUUCAACCCCAGAUGUGAAUAACACAACAUUUUUAACAUGUUUUAAUGACAUUAUUCAUCAGAAAGAUGCUGAGUGAGAUCCUAAAGAUGCUACAAAGGGUUCUUUAAAGAUACCAAAGAUCAGCAUUAAUAUGGAGUUGGUCCCCUUUGCUGCUUUUAGAGCAGGUGUGGAGCUCUGCAGUUAUUGAGGCAUUGGGAUGUCUGCUAUGUUACUGCACUGUACUUUUUAAUACUUUUCAGCACUUAGACACUCUGCUCUGCUACUUUACAUAAUCUGAGACUUCAUGGCUGAGUUGCUGUGGGUCCUAAACGCUUCCACUUUUCAGUAACACCACCCACAGUCCAAGUCCAGGCUUCAGCCAAGGUGGACUGCGUUUAUCUGCCCAUACCUCAUGAAAGGCUGAUCCAGGCAGGGUUAGAUGUGAUUUCUCAGUUACCCAGAAUUCUCUGCAGAUAUAAAACAAUAAGUGGGAAAAAGUACAGCACUAUUAAAAUUGUGCCUGGUAGAAGGAUUUCUCAUAGGAGAAAUUGGUUUAAAUGUUAAAUUGGUCUAAAGACAGACAUUUACACAAAAUUAAAUGCAAAGGAAUAUAAAAAGUGAAGUUUUACAAGCACAUACAUUUCACACUUCCAUUGCAAAAGGAGGGAUCUUUCUGGUGGCAUCUCCAAGCAGUCCUAACAGGACCGUCCUAUUAUUUAGAACCAGCCCUUCCUUGACUGCAGCCUAGAUUUUGGAUUGCAGUUACUGUUAAUGUGUAAAGAAAGAAGCUGAUUUAAAGUCUCUUCACCAUUUUGAAGGUUCUUUUCUGUGGCAUAAUUUAAAGAACCCUUUGUAGUAAUGUUAUUAUUAAUAGUAUAGGUGAGAGAAAGCUAUUAACCGACACUAAAUACACUAAUAAGAGUAGGCACUGUAUGUUUUGUAUGGAGUUUAAGUUUUACUGGACUUGGCUUGAGGUUUGCUACACUACAUGUUCAUAUGAAUUACCUUUAGUUGAUUAAACUGCUGUUGAAAUGAUUGUGUGGGAAUUACUAAUUCACUGAGCUCUUGCCUUGAGUUGGGACAUAAAAUGAAUGUGUUUAACUAGUUACAGGUCUUUGAGCCAGUGUAUUUUUCCUGGGAACCAAAUAAGAGUAUAAAAAAGUACAAAGGUAUCGGCAGUAUGUGGUGUGCCAGCAGGUAUGUAGUAAUAAACAGCAGAGUUUGAAAAUGUAAAUACAGAUGUUUUCCAGACUGUAACUAUUGCUAUAUGUUUGAAGUGUUGUUUUAGCUUCAGCUUUGUUCUCAGAACUCUAAUGAAAGAAAUUAAUGUUUAUAGAUGAUGGAAAUAUCACUAAUGUAAAAGAUACAAACGCACACAUAGUUUUGCUACAUGUUCAUCUGAAACAUAUUUUCUUGGCAUGAAUAAAGGUCUAAAUCCUGUUGUGA